GGCCGUACCAGCGCUAUGUAUGUGCGACAUUGGCGAAUGUUUUUUGAGAUACUGUCGCUCCCGUUUUAAAAUAUUUCAGGCUGCGGAGCUAAAGGAACGGCGCAAUUAACAGAAACCAAAUGCAGUGAAUCUUGACAUUGUGAAGAAUGUCAGCUCAGUUGGCGGUUGAGACUAUAAACACUGAAGAUGAGCUAGAAUUCGCAACACUUGAUUCGAAUUCUGAUAAAAUGGAAACAUCUAAGAAAGUUCUGAACCAGCUAGAAAACCGACUCAGCGUCAAAGAUAUAAUGAAAAUACAGAAGGUUUUCAUGCAACCAAAUUUUGAAGAAUUUGUUCCACUUAAUAGAAAGAGCUUUAUUGACAAUAUGUUCACAGCUCUUGGAUAUGACAUUGAAGAAGAGUAUGGAGACCUUUUUGACAGAAUUGAUGUAGCACGAGAUGGCUUUGUUGACUGGAACAAAGUAACAACAUUCAUGCUGUUAGAACUUUACGAAAACGAAGAGAGAACAAAGUCUUCACUUGUUCCUCGGUGGAAAGAAAUCAAAUUUCUUCCAAUGCACCAUAAGGAACCUAUUCAAACUAUAGUCUACCUGAAGAAUUCACAUCGCUACCUGAGUUUGAGUAAAGAAGGUUGGAUGAAUGUUUGGGGUGAGAAUUUGAAGCUACAGCAAACUUUACGAGUUACCACAGAUUCUGUAAGAUUGCGGGAUCUCUGGGUUACAAGUAUGGUCUCUUUGACAAAUGUAAAUAAGGUGGCAGUUGCAUUUACGAGUAAGGAGAUUUGCUUUUAUGACCUUAAUUCCAAAGAUGAAUUUUUCUGUCAAUAUAAACUUCAUGGAAUAUGCAACACACUGAUUUCCAUGCACUAUUGGUUUAACCCAGAAGAUGGAAAUGAAGCAGUUCUCACCUUUGGAGACGUUUGUGGGGAGGUCAAUGCUAUUUGCUUUACUGCAGCAUUAAUUUCACUUUUUGAAAGACCAACCAAUUCAACGGAUGAGCAAGAGGCCACUGUAACUAUUACUUGGCAAGAGCUGGUUAAAGGAAACCACAAGUGCUGUUUCACUUUACAACACAAAGGACACAAUAAAGAAUGGGUCAGACAAGUAAGUUACUGUUCUAAUUUGGAAGCUUUCAUUUCCUGUGCUACAACUAACCUGAACACAUUAGUCUUGGGCUGGAAAGAAAAAGGAAUAACCCCAAUGAAAACCACAUCUUUCCAUGUUAAUGAAGGUGUUAAUGCAUUUGAUUACCAUCCUGGACUUAACUUAAUUGCUUCUGCAGCUGUAAAUCAUCAGGUCUACCUUUGGAACCCUUACAUGUCUAAACCCACUGGAAUUUUACGAGGUCAUCUUGCUAGCGUAAUAGGAGUUCAGUUUAAUAGUACACGAAGACAACUCUUCAGUUUUUCCAAGGAUAAGGUUUUACGAAUUUGGGACAUGCAAAAUCAACUUUGUAUCCAGAGGCUUGCUGGAAUAUUUCCAAAGUGCCUGGAAUUCCAAACUAUUCUGUACUUUAAUGAAACCAAUGGCCAACUCUUCACCACUUUCAACAAUCAACUGACGUUGUUGGAGAUGAAGCAAGAGAAUAGUGAAUGUGUGAAAAGUCAUGAAAAAUCCGUUACUUGCGUGCUUUAUAAUUCUCUGUUCAAGCAGGUUAUCAGUUCAGACAUUGGAUCUACUGUGACAGUGUGGAUGAUUGAAACUGGUCAAAAAGUAAAGCAAUUUACUGGGUGCCAUGGCAAUUCUGAGAUUACUACAAUGGCACUAGAUGCCUCUGAGACCAAAUUUUUCACUGCAAGUGUUGAUGGAACAGUGAAGAUUUGGGAUUUCAAUGGCCAUUGCCAUCAUAAACUGAAUGCAGGAAGGGAUCAAGCAGCUGAUAUCUCCCAGAUCCUGAUAUUAAAAAGAAUUAUUCUGGUAUUAGGCUGGGAAAGAAUAAUUACUGUCUUCAGAAUGGACACACUUACUGAAUUUUUUGUUCAGCCUUCAGAAUGGAAGGGGAAAGCCCAGCAUCAAAAUGAUAUCCUUUGUGCAGCAUUCUUACCACCUCAAACCCUUGUAACAGGCAGUUAUGACGGGGAGAUUGUAGUAUGGAAUAAUAAUUCUGAAAAAGCAUCGUCUAGAUUUCACCCAUGCUUGAAGAGAGCUCUGAAAUCCGAAUCAGUCAUUGCAGACAAUCAACUACACCAGCAGGAAGAACCUCAAGCUCUUGAUAAUUUUUCUGCAGUUACAAACAGAUAUUCAUUAUUUAAUGCUGACAACGAGGAUGAUGAAUUCAACUACAUAGUUUCAAGACUAUACUUUCUUGAAGGCAGGAAGAAUGUCUCUAGUACGGGUGGUGCAAACCUUAUAGCCUGCGGUGGUUGUGGAAUUGUUCGCUUUUGGAAUACCUUUAAAAGCCUUCUACUGGCUGAGUUUGAAGCCCAUGCCAAUGCAGCAUCCAUUAUUAUGACAGUUGAUAAAAAAAGUGACUAUCUUAUCACUGGAGAUGUGAAUGGCCAUAUUAAAGUUUGGAACAUACAGGAAUACUGUUUGUGUUCCAGUGACACUGUAAUUAGUGAAGUUCCACCAAUGGUGGUAGCAACACAACCUCAUAAUGAUUGUAUCAGUCACCUUGAAACCUGUGUGCAGGAUGGCCAUUUGCUAAUUCUUUCAGCGUCUGCUGACUGCAGUAUUGUUUUAAGUGACAUUACUGGAUCAGUGAUUGGUGUAUUUGGACAGGAUGAACAUUGGCGAAUUGGUGAGUGUUCACCUCCCUCUGUUACAAAGAUACCAGUCAAAACAGUCAAAUGUGAGAAGACCAUGGGUCAGAAGCAUGUGAGCAGAGAAGAACAUCUAGCAGUUUUGAAACACAGCAUCCCCGUUGCCGAGGAGAAAAUUGACUACGGGAGCAGGUUGAACAUAUGGAAAAGUACAAUUUUAGGUAACAUUUUUAGAGAAAACAGAAUCCAAAAGAAACCUAGACCAUGGUUGUCUGCUUGGGGCAAAUUGCGAAGCCCUAUAGGAACAUUUAGUUGCCUACAAAUGGAAGACUUGGAGAAAGUCACUGAUGUACCAAAACCUGACUUUCUGCAGAAUCCCAACAAAUACUUUGAUGUAAAUUUUGAGGAGGCUGACAAUGAAAAGUUGAUGUUUCCUACAUUUUCUGAAACACUAAAAGUAGCUUUUGAUGAGAAAAGCCUGUUUCCUAAAGAAAUAGUGGGUCGUGAGCGCAAAGCGAAGCUUUUGGAUGAACAGAAUUUAAAUGGAGAUAAAGCUGCACUAAAAAAGAAUACUUCAUGUGUGAAGUCGAGAUCACCACAAAGGACCAUUGCAGGAAUCAAGCUGAGAAAACAGCUUGAUAAUUCCAUCCAGAAAUAAGCAGUUUGAUUUACAAGGAAGAAGAAUUUAUGGAAAUUGACUUCUUAAAAUUCAAAACAGUAUACAAUGAAACAAAAGUUGCCAAUUAAUGAAAUGAGUGAAUUGAAAUAUGCUUCAGCAAAGCCAUAAUCAUUUAAAUUAUACACAAACAGCCUGUUUUAUUAUUGUGUAGCAUGAGCAAAUAUUCUGAUUUUAUGUCUCAAACAUUGCUCACUUUAAUGUAAUAAUGGGUGUGAAAGGAAAAUUGGUUUAUUUUUAAAAGUUUCUUGCUAUUUGCACUUGCACAGCAUAUUUACUACAAGAUACUACAGGCAAAGGUCAGUCAGUAGUAAAACAGGCAUAUGAUUUUCUGAUGAAGGGUCUAGGCCCGAAACGUCAGCCUCUCUGCUCCUGUGAUGCUGCUUGGCCUGCUGUGUUCAUCCAGCCCUGCACCUUGUUGUCAUAUGAUUUUCCUCCUUGUCGAUUCCUGUUGCCAUGGGAAUAUUUUGUUGCAUUUCAAGAUUUCCAGUUAUCAUUUCUUUCCAUAUGUUAAAUUGCUUAAGUUGCAUUAUCGGUUGCUGCAAGCAAGGUUCUCUGGAUGGAAUUUCUGUGAGGGUUCAAAUGAAGCUAUAGAAUUUAGAUAAUGAAGAUAACUUCAUAACGGAUGAAAGAGACAAGGUAUUAUUACCCACCAAACAAGACGGUAUUAUUAAAGGGGCACAAAAGUAUGUUAACAAUAAUGUCACAACAGUUGAUAGAUUUACCGAUCAUCAUAAUCAUGGCACAAAAUACUUUUGAAAACAGUUACAAUACUAAUUUGACUGUUUGAUGAACAACAUUAUAGGUUUGCAUUAUGUGUAGGUGUGAUAGCAAAAUUUACAUGUUUUAACAUUCUACACCAAAUUACUUUGGCACAUUAAAGUUUAUUAAAUCAAUGUAUUGGUAUCAUCACAGUUGUAGUUUGCAGCUUACCUGCUUUCAAUAAAUGGAAUUCAGUUGUAUCAUUACAA